AUGUUCCCUGUGCUACAUCUGACGGGCGCGUGCAUGUGGCUGAUGGGCACACUCCUGGCAUUGGUGCUGGCCCGCCUGUUGUGGGAGCUCCGCUGGAGGCUGACCCGGGAUCCCCACAACCCGCUGCCGCUCCCUCAGGGCUCAAUGGGGUGGCCACUGGUCGGGGAGACUCUGCACUGGCUGCUUCAGGGCUCCGACUUCCACACGUGUCGCAGGCGUCGCCACGGCAACGUGUUCAAGACGCACCUCCUGGGCAAACCCGUCAUCCGGGUGACGGGCGCUGAAAACAUUCGCAAGAUCCUGCUGGGCGAGCACACCCUGGUGCACACGCAGUGGCCGCAGAGCACGCGCAUCAUCCUGGGGCCCAACACGCUAGUCAACUCCGCUGGCGACGCCCACAAAGAGAAGCGGAAGGUGCUGGCCAAAGUCUUCAGCAGAGGAGCCCUGGAGUCGUACCUGCCGCGCCUGCGGGAGGUAGUGCGGCGUCAAGUGGCCCAGUGGUGCGCACAGCCCGACGCCGUAGACGUCUACGCCUCCGCCAAGUCGCUGACCUUCCGCAUCGCCGUGCGGGUCCUGCUGGGUCUGCGGCUGAAUGAGGAACGGGUGGUCUACCUGGGUACCAUCUUCGAGCAGCUGAUUGACAACCUCUUCUCGCUUCCCGUAGACGCGCCGCUCAGCGGCCUGCGCAAGGGGAUCAAAGCCCGGGAGAUUCUCCACGCCAACAUGGAAAAGAUCAUCGCCGAGAAGAUGGCGCAGCAGCACCAGGAACAUCUAGACGCCUUUGAUUACAUGUUGUCCAGCGCCAAGGAGUACGGCCAGAACCUCAGCAUCCAGGAGCUUAAGGAAACGGCAGUGGAGUUGAUCUUUGCGGCGCACUCCACCACCGCCAGCGCGUCAACGUCUCUGGUCCUGCAGCUCCUCCGUCACCCGGGCGUGGCGGCGCGUCUGAAGGCCGAGCUGGACUCGGAAGGCCUGACGAGCGCCGGCGACGGCGGCCAAAGUCCCCGGGAGCGCCUGGGACUGGAUGAGCUCGGCCGGCUUAGCUACUUGGACUGCGUGAUCAAAGAGGUUCUGCGCUUCCUGCCGCCCGUUUCAGGAGGCUACCGUACCGCUUUGCGGACCUUUGAAUUGGACGGCUACCAGGUCCCGAAAGGCUGGAGCGUCAUGUACAGCAUCAGGGACACGCACGAGACGGCCGCCGUCUUCCAAGCUCCGGAAGCCUUCGAUCCGGACCGCUUCGGGCCGGAACGGCGGGAGAACCGCUCGUCCCGCUUCAGCUACGUGCCCUUUGGCGGCGGAGCGCGCAGCUGCGUGGGCAAAGAACUGGCCCAGGUGAUCCUAAAGACUCUGGCCGUGGAACUGCUGGCCACGUGCACGUGGAGCCUGGCCACCCGGGACUUCCCCAAGAUGCAGGCGGUGCCCAUCGUUCACCCCGUCAAUGGACUGCACGUGCACUUUGUGCAAAAGCAGCCGCCGGGUUGA